AUGGAUAAACACGACAAAGACGAAUUGGUUCAAGCGUUCAAAGAUAUGGAUAAAAAUAACGAUGGAUUCGUGACCUUUGCAGAACUCAAAGAAGGUUUCGGAGCAUCCCCCGAUUUUGAGGAAUUUUUACAGGAAUUAAUGAAAUUAAUGGAUUUAAAUCAAGAUGGAAAGGUUUCACUGGAUGAAUUCAUCAAAACUAUUGAUGCCAUACUUCAAUAA